AUAUGGGCGCUAGAAGGGACAACCUGAUGAUCGAGCUGGAGGCGGAGAGGAAGCGACAGCCAGCCAAACCGUUCCCCUGGUACUACUCCCCCACCUACCUGCUCUUCUGGGUGGGGCUCUUUUUUGCCGUGAUAUAUCCCCUUUUCCAGGCUCUGCCCGCCGGCAUCAAGAUCUCGGAGGAAGCAGAUAAUCCGGGUAAAUUUGUGGCCGAAAGAGCUCAGUACAUGCUGCGGGAAAUAACUCAGAUGGGUCCGAGACUGGUGGGUGAUGUUAACAAUGAGGUCACCGCCGUGAAUUUCCUUCUCGAAGAAAUCGAAAAAGUGCGACAGGUACUUCGUGACGAUGUCUACGAAAUGGAAGUGGAGGUGCAACGUGCUUCCGGUUCCUAUCUGAUCAAGGGCUUCCUGAAUCACUAUAAGGGCGUACAGAAUGUGCUCGUCAAACUGAGUACGAGGAGUUCGAACAGCUCGUCAUAUCUGCUGGUGAACAGUCACUUUGACACCAAACCAGGCUCACCUGGUGCCGGAGAUGAUGCCUCCAUGGUGGUGGUGAUGCUGGAGGUGCUAAGGCAGGUGGCCAUUUCGGGGGAACCAUUUCUGCAUCCAAUCCUGUUCCUAUUUAAUGGCGCUGAGGAGCAACCCAUGCAGGGCUCCCACGGAUUCAUCACUCAGCACAGAUGGGCGGCCAACUGCAAGGCUCUCCUCAACUUGGAUUCUGCCGGCGCUGGGGGACGAGAUUUGUUGUUCCAGGGUGGGCCCAAUCAUCCCUGGCUUAUGGAACAUUACAGAAACAGCGCACCGCACCCGUUUGCCACAACGACCGCGGAGGAGAUGUUCCAGGCGGGCAUUAUACCUUCGGAUACCGAUUUCCGGGUCUUUCGUGACUUUGGAGUGGUGCCAGGCCUGGACAUGGCAAACGUUUACAAUGGCUUUGUUUAUCACACGGAGUUCGAUCGUUUCGCGGUGGUUUCUCGGGACUCCCUGCAGAACUCUGGCGACAAUGUGCUGGCCCUGGUGAAGAGUAUUUCCAAUGCUGAGGAAAUGUACGACACGGAGGCACACGCCGAGGGGCAUGCGGUGUUCUUUGACUUUAUCGGACUCUUCUUUGUCCACUAUCAGGAGUCGACGAGCACGGCCCUAAAUAUCUCGUUCUCCCUGGGGGCCAUAGUUCUCAUCUGUGUCUCCUUGUGGCGCAUGUCCAGGGUUUCCGAACAGACCAUGGGCACUUAUGCCGGCGCCUUUGGACUUUUGUUUCUGCUGGCCCUAGCCGGGAUUCUUCUGGCCCUGCUUUUUCCCGUGCUCAUGUGCAUCUUCUACGACUUGGGUGAUCGCACUCUGAGCUACUUCAGCAAUAGUUGGCUCGUCAUUGGUCUGUACAUAAUACCCUCGGUUAUAGGUCUUGUUCUGCCCAUGACGCUCUAUCUGACUCAUCGACGAAGUGACAAGAUCCCACACAAGUACCUCCUGCAGAUAGUGGGACAUGCGAAUUGCCUUCUCCUGGCCAUCAUGUGUCUGGCAUUGACCGCCCUUGGUUAUCGCAGUGCCUACCUUUUCCUAAUAUCGCUGAUUUUCUAUGUUGCUGCUCUGAUUGUCAACUUGCUGAGUAAGCUGCACUGUCGAGGUUAUCAUUGGGCUUUGGUUUUGAUGGUCAGCCAGAUAAUACCCUUUAUCUACCACGCCUAUCUGUUCCACAUGUUCAUACUCAUCCUCAUUCCCAUGGUCGGGCGCUUUGGCAUGAACACCAAUCCGGACUUGUUGAUAGGAGGGUUGUGUGCCUGCGGCACCAUUCUUGCCUUGUCCUUUGCGGCUCCACUCAUUAACAUUUUCCGGCGACCCAACUCAAUGCUGGGUGGCCUAUCGGUGGUCAUGUUCAUCUUCUGCAUGAUCGCCGUCUCGGAGGUGGGGUUCCCCUAUCGUGCCAAGACCAAUGUGAUGCGAGCGGACUUUAUGCAAGUUCAUCGCAAGUAUUUCGAGUACGAUGGCUCCAUGAGCCUCGAAGACUCCGGCUACUACUUCCACCUAGGGGAUCGGAAUCGAGAGGCACCGCUCCGAGAGUCCAUGGACCUGACAGGCCUGGUUCGCCUGGGCGAGAACUGUGACACGGAGCUGAUGUGUGGCCUGCCUUGCUAUCGCUUCUGUGCUUCCCGCAAGGAUGCCCUGUGGCUGGCGCGUGAGGAGCUCGUGCAGCUGCCCUAUCCCACGGUGCUGGAAUUGAGAAACAAGACGGUCCUUUCCGGGGGCUACCAGGUGCGCUUUGAUUUCCGCCUCUCUGGGCCACCGAAUAUGGGGCUUUUCAUCCUGCCGCUGGACGGCGUAAGGGUGCUCCACUGGACCUUCUCCCAGGGCAUGUUGGACAAUCCGGCCACCUACAGGCCGCCGUUGAAUGUGCUGCUCACCUACGGUGUGGAUACCACGCCCUUCGAGUUCUAUAUGGUACUUUCGAAGGACAAUGGUAACUUCGACGAGCCAGCGAUGAAAAUGGGCGUGUCCGGUCACUACAUGAGCCCGCAUGCCGAACGAGAUGCACUGAGCAAGGAGUUCUUGGCCACGCUGCCGGAGUUUGCCUUCUCUACGGAGUGGCCCAGCAGUUACGAACGCCAUAUAUUCUAG